AUGGCCAACGCAACCCCCAGCCUCACCGUCAUUUUCGGCGCAGCCGGGUUCAAUGAGGAAGGUGGCCAGCGUACUGCAAUUGAAGUCGAAGAGGUGUUACAGGCGCUGAAGCAAGAGUGUAUCACCACUAUUGAUACGGCUCAAAUCUACGGUUCGAGCGAGGAGCUCCUAGGCCAGACCAAUGCUGCUGCUUGCUUUGUCAUUGAUACGAAGCAUUGUGGUGGGUUCGCUCCAGGCAACUCCACGAAGGAGAAAGUGAUUGCGGGGGCGGAGAAAAGUCUGAAGAAAUUGCAGACAGCCAAGGUGAACAUCUUUUAUCUCCACGCCCCGGACCGUCAAGCCCCCCUGGAAGAAACACUUGAAGGAAUCGAUGAUCUAUACAAGGCUGGAAAAUUCAAGUAUUUUGGCCUCUCCAACUUUCGCGCAGACGAAGUGGAGUCUGUCAUUCAGCUUGCAAAGCAAAAGCAAUUUGUCUUACCAACCGUCUACCAGGGAAAUUACAAUCCCCUCUGCCGCAAACAGGAGACCGAGUUGUUCCCCAUCUUGCGCAAGUAUAAUUUGGCAUUUUAUGCCUAUAGCCCCCUGGCUGGCGGAUUCUUGGCCAAGUCGAAGGAGGAGCUGCGGAAAGGUAACCUCAAAGGCAGAUGGGACCCCAAGACCCCGUUCGGGAUGGUGUACCAUGGUCUAUAUAAUAAGAACGCCUUUCUGGAUGUGCUGGAUGAUUGGGCACGGGUUGCGACUGCGGCUAGAAUCCCGACUGCAGAGCUAGCAUAUCGGUGGAUGCGAUAUCACUCCAAUCUGAGUAGUGAUCUUGGGGAUGCGAUGGUCAUUGGGGCUAGCAAUAUUGAUCAGCUGAGACAGACCAUGCAGGGACUUCGUCGUGGGCCGUUAAGUGAAGAUAUUGUGAUGAUGAUUGAAAAGGUGUGGGAGAAGAUCAAGGAUGAGUCGUUCUUGGACAACUACAAUGACUGGUUCUAUAAGCAGUGA